UCAGCAAUUUAAUCGAUCGCGGAAGACACGAACAGCCCCCGAGUUAUUCCCACCUAUCUGCUUCGAUUACUCUAGCCUUGGGAGACUGAAUCCAGUUUUCUCAUUCAGGAACUGUUUCUCAAGCAGUCGCUUUGUGAGCGGGCGGAGCAGGAUACGAGAUUUAGAUACGAACACGGGAUUGAUCAUAGACAUAGCGUAUCUACACCUGAACUCUGAACCUGAACCUGAACCUGAGCCUGAAACCAUUCCCACGUCCAGCUUAAUUAUAAUUUUCCUCGAUCAAGUGAACUGAGACACGGCAGCUGAGGGGUCUGUCGCGCCGGAGUCCUUGUGGCCCGAUGCGGACACUGAGGCAGAGGGAGAUUGAAUGGCACUGAAGACUCAAGGCUGUAGGCUACCUGGAGCACUGCGAUGACCAGUCAGAGCGGCGGCCAUGCAGAGAGACCAGGUGCCCCGCCCUCCCGGCCCCCGGCCGCGCCCAAGCUGCAGGUCCAGCGCUCGCUGUCCCGGGAGACCAUCACCAUCCACUUCUCCGCUCUCGGGAAGGAGGAAGAGGAGGAGGAGGAGGAGCUGUACGGAGCCGCCAUCUCCGCCAUCUCCGCCUCCUCGGCCGCGGGGCGGGACUACGACAACCAAGGCAUUGUGACGGCCCUGGAGGCCAGCGAGGACCUCCUGUUUGAGGGGGGCGGGGCGGACCCCGCCGCGGGGGCAGACGUGGCGGUGCUCCCCGUGUCCUCCACCACCCUGCCCUCCAUCCCCCAGCGCUCGGGACACUCCGCCCCCAGCCCCGCCCUCUCCAUCCUGUCCUCUUUGCACACUGCCGGAGGCUCCGCCCCCGCCAGUUCGUCCUGGCCUUCGGGUCAGAAGGCCCAGGCCCAGGCCCCGCCCCCGGCCGCUUCCUCCUCCGGCUCCUCCCCCUCGAAAUCCGUGGCCCUGCCCUCCGGCGACAAGCCCUUCAUGAGCCUGGUGAAGUCCCUGUCCACGGACGUGGAGCCGCGGGAGGGCGUGGCCGUGCCCCCCUCCGUGCGCCACCGCCACCUGAUGAAGACGCUGGUGAAGUCCCUCUCCACCGACACGUCCCGCCAGGACCAGGAGGCCGCGGCGGGCCGCCCCCCGGACUCCCGCCUCAACCUGCAGCUGUUCAAGCAGUUCACCCAGCCCCGGGUGGCGGGGGCCGGCGACUCCAAGACCGCCCCCUCCUCCCCGCUCACCUCCCCGGACAACCGCUCCUUCUUCAAGGUGUCGGAGGUGGAGGCGCGCAUCGAGGACACCAAGCGGCGGCUGUCGGAGGUGAUCUACGAGCCCCUGCAGCUGCUCAGCAAGAUCAUGGGGGAGGAGAGCGGGGCGGCGGCGGGGGGGGGCCCCCACCGGGCCAAGGCCCUCUCCUCCAGCGCCUCGGAGCUCUGCAGCCUGGCCGCCCUCAACGGCCACCUGGAGAGCAACAACAACAGCUACAGCAUCAAGGAGGAGGAGUGCGACUCGGACGGGGAGAGCCUGCCGGGCAGCUCCGCCUCCGCCGCCGCCGCCGCCGAGUCGCCCCCCGCCCCCCCGGCCCCGCCCCUCGCCGAGGCCUGGAGCCCCCGCCACGCCUCGCUGGCCCUGGAGAAGUGCUCCAUGUCCGCGCUGGCCCGGCAAGAGGACGAGGAGUUCUGCGAGCUCUACAGCGAGGACUUCGGCGAGGCCGACGCAGAGAUGGACGCCGGCGGCGGCAGCGGCGGGGGGGCGGCGCGGGACGCGGCGGGCGGGGCCAGCCUCCCGCCCAGCGGCAGCACGGGGGUGGGGAGCGAGGACGAGACGGAGGCGGAGGAAGAGGAGGACGAGGAGCCGGGGUCCAGCGUCCCUCACAAGACCCUGUGCGCCCUGACCAUGCUGGUGUACGGGUACCUGGUCCUGCCGCUGCCCACCUACCUGGGCGGCGUGCUGCUGGGCGUGGCCGUGGGCUUCAUGCUGGCCAUCGGGGUGGUGUGGCUGGCCGCCCCCAGGUGCUCCGGCUAUGCCUCCAGGCGCGGCCGGCGCAGGGACCGGCUGUGGAACGUUGCGCACCUGGACAUCAAGGAGCCGGGCAUGUUCAAGGGGUGGAUGAACGAGAUCCUGAACUACGACCCGGAGACGUACCACGCCACGCUGACGCACUCCGUCUUCGUGCGCCUGGACGGGUCCACCCUGCGCCUCUCCAAACCCGGACGCAACGUCGCCCGCCGCGCCACCUUCAACGAGCCCAAACCCGACGUCACCUACGUCAGCCAGAAGAUCUACGACCUCACCGACAGCAAGAUAUACCUGGUGCCUGAGAGCCUAGCGAGGAAGCGAGUGUGGAACAAGAAGUACCCCAUCUGCAUCGAGCUGGGCAAGCAGGAGGACUUCAUGUCCAAGGCCCAGGCGGACAGGCCAGAGGCCGCGGAGGAGAAGGCCGCCGUGGGGGCGGGGGAGAGGCCGGAGGCGGGCGGGGGGGCUGAGGAGGCCAAGAGGCCGGCCGCCGCCGCGCAGGACGGGGGCCGGGGCCCGGCUCCCCGGGACCACACCCUCUUCCUGUUCGGCAGGACGGGGCGGGAGAAGGAGGAGUGGUUCCGCCGGAUGCUGGCGGCGUCCCGGCUGAAGUCGGAGACCAAACGGGCCUCCAGCCUGCCCGGGAGUAUGAGCGCCGUCCUGCCCACGCACAGCCGCAGCAGCAGCCGGGGCAGUCUGGACGAGGCUCUGCCCAUGACGCAGCCGCGGCAGAAGGAGCUGGCCGGCGGCGUCAAGCAGAAGAUGCUGCUGGACUACAGCGUCUACAUGGCCAAAUACGUGCCCCCCGCCCCGAGGAGUCCCGCCGCCAGCCCCGCCCACAGCGCCGCCAGCAGCCCCGGCGCCGGGAAAAAGUUGCCUGGCAGCCCCGGAGUGGAGGAGGAGUCUGUUGCCUGGGUCAACGCCUUAGUGGGCCGGAUCUUCUGGGACUUUCUUGGGGAGAAGUACUGGGCCGACAUGGUGUCCAAGAAGAUCCAGAUGAAGCUCAGCAAGAUCAGGCUGCCGUACUUCAUGAACGAGCUGACCCUGACCGAGCUGGACAUGGGCGUGGCCAUUCCCAAGAUCCUGCAGGCGUCCAAGCCGUCCGUGGACCACCAAGGUGAGACCGCAGUGUGUGAAGCGGGUUGGAGCAGGCGGUCGGUCAGGUGGUCCUGCGGUUCACCCGCAUUCGUGAGGUCCGUGCCCUUUCAAAGGAGCUUCGCACCCUGGUGCUCAGUUCAGCUCGUACCGAGUGGAGGUACGACUAUGGCAUUGUGUGUGCUGCUGAAUUACAUUUAACUCUCACAGCGAACGCAGAAACGGGAGGCCAAACCUGCGUGACACAAAUAAAAACAUUAAAAUUCGGAAGAAUCAUGACUGAGGUUUGGCACGUAUCAGUCUUUUUAGUGUUCUCUGGGGUGGGGCUUCUGGAUUUUAUCUUGUUUCGUGAAGAGAAGGUUCCAUUUUAAUCCCCACAUUCGUAACCGUGGUGAAGAGUUGUACUAUUGUGCUGGAGAGUGUGUUUUGAUUUACCAGUGGCCUAGGUUACCAGGCACACAGAAAAGGCCUUAUAAAAACUCACACAGACACGUUUGAGAGAAUUAUUCCCCAUGAGGAGUAUGCUAUUAGCUGUGUGAAUUACCCCCCCCCCCCCACCCUGUCCCCACUCUGUGCUGUGAAUCAGUGCUAUGUCUGUGCGCUGACGUUUAAUUUAGUCAGGGGCUCAAAUGUCCCGCUUUACUCCCUGUAGCAUUUACUUGUGGGGCAUGGGAGGUGGUAGCGGCGGCCAUAUUGGCUCAUCCAUCAACCCGGUGCACAACUCACGACAUUAAGCAGCAGAAGACGACAUUGAGCAGCAGGAAACGGGUUCUUCCCUGGCCAAAGGGCAGGCAGGAUACAGAAAGGCCUAUAAUGGGAAAUGAGCUCACUUGUGUCACUUGUGAAACAGUCACGUGCUUCUUUGUUCUUCACCUCGCCUGUUCUUCAACUUUUGAUCACCGUGUGAUUUUGAGUCGCCGCCCUCGUGCUUACCGCACGAUUGCAACGUAUGGUUUAGUUUCGACCGCAGUGUCAUCAGCUCAGAGGGCGAACCCUUUCCCCUCAGCCUGUACGUGGGGGAGGGAAGAGAAGGGGGAGCGCGUCGGAGCUCUUCGCCGUGCAUUAUGGGUAUUUGCGUGGCUUUCGCGGGGAUUGGCCUGAAGCUGUCGGGGCCGUGUCGCGCGGUGUCGAGUUCACCCAUUGGACGCGGCGGCUGGCGCCAUGUAUCGCGUGAGCGCGCCGACCUUUUGCGCGGGUCCGGUCUGGAGCGCGUAUUCGGGUUCAGCUCGAGUCUGUUCCGAAAUAUAUGAGCGGUGCGUCGGGCGAGCCCGUUCUGCGUCGACCCCGUUCUCACACUCCUGGCUGGAAUCCUUUCAAGUGGGACUAGGGGGGAGAUGGAAAAGCUCUCGCCCCACAUUCGCACACAGGCCACGCUGUUGUGGAGACCGCUCUUGCUCCGUCCUCGAACAGACGGACGGGGGCAGGGGUGUCUUGUGACUGCCACCCCCACCCCCCCCCCCAUCCACCCAUCCCGGCCCCCCCACACCCCGUCCAGGCGCAUGACUAAGAGGAUCGGAGCACUGUGAGAGUCGGCUGAUUCUGUAAUGCCCUGAGAAAUAGAGAAAACAACAGCCAGUGUUGUAAAAAUCCAGAGAGCACACGUUUCCCAUCGGGCAGGGAGUUUCUGACUGGAGAUGGAUUGGUGUGUAUAGCGCUCAGACUUGAAGUAUCAAAUGCUAAAAUGCUAGCUACACAAGCACAGGCAGCCCAGGGUCGGGCACAGAGCUGAAGGUGAUGUUUAUUGAUUGCUUCAAACCGGGAUGGUUCUAGAACCGGCCUCUUCGCGAGACAGACACAGUGUACUCUGAGGGUUCAUUGGCUCCUGGUGGAGAACGUCUUGUUGUUCCGCAGAAAAAUAUUGAGAGCUCGAGGCUGUGAAGACACGAUAGCCCUGAGUGAGCAUUCGUACAAUGUAGCACUGUGCUAGUUUCACAAUAACAAUAUGCAGUUGAGAGCUAAAGGCACAUGGCACAAUUUUUGUUGUUUUGGCUCCGUGUACUGUUGCACAUUGGAUUUGAAAUAAAAGCAAUGAAUAUGAGGUUAAAGUACGGACUGUCAGCUUUAUCAGGUGAUCGGUGUAGGAAUCACAUGUAUUCCCUCCAUUUUAGGGGAGCAAAGGUCAUUAGACAAAUAAUAUUUACAAAAUAAUAUUUCAUAGUCUGAAAAAAAAUUAGCAAAGUAUCAUUACAAAUAGAUCCUAAAAAUGUCAUAUUUAGUGCUUGGUUGUAAAUCCUUUUCAUUUCAUGACUGUCUUAAGUCUGUGCCCCGUGGACCUCACCAGACACUGGUGAUGUUCUGCCAGGCCUGUACUGCAGCCAUCUUCAGCUCCUGCUUGUUUCUGUGCUGCUUUGUUUUCUUUCAUUGCGUGAACUAAUGAUGCAAAGACUCACGAGAAUCACCCAAUAUGUAUGUAAAUACCCUCAAAAUUGAAACAGUCGGUACUUUAACCUCGCGUUUACUGUUUUAUUUCAAAUCCGGUGUGCUGGAGGGUUUUAUUUAAAAUCCAACGGUGCGCGGAUCUGAAGGAAAAAGACGAUGAGCGAGUUUAUGACAUCAUGUGAAGUCAUCCCACAGCAGGAGUUUUUUAUGGUGUCAUUUCCGAGUAUGAUGAAGUUAAUGUGCGCUCCAAAGCGCACUGCUUUUAACAGCUCCUCACCCUCCGCUCCCUGGAGUUAUUGCUUUGUGAUGUCACUGCAUCCCCCCGCACGCUGUGACUUUGAGAGCUUUGCUGAUGUGCAUAUUUUAUGCCGCCAUUAAAAGAUUAGACCGAGAGUGCAUUGACGCAGACUCAAUGGUGUCAUCUAUGUCAUUUUUACCUGUUUCGUGUUUCUGCGUCUGGCCCCUGGUGCCAGACUGGCCCCUCGCUCCUCCUCUUCUUCCUCUCACUGCCGAUGGCGCCCGCCGCGCAGAUGAGACGUGAUGAGAGCGGAAGUUGAUUCCGCCUGCCGCUCGCGGUGGCUGAGGAAGCAGGAGAGCCUGCUGGGAGUUCUGCGGACCGUAUAAACCCCUGAGAUCCACAUCAGAGUCAUUCCCUUUAUCGCCCAAUCGGGAGUGUGAGGCGGCUUCUUCUCAUCCAGGCAACACAGGGACUCUCUUACUCUCAAAUUCUUUAUUCUUUUUGCUUGAUGGGCCUCCUUUUACAUUACAUUACAUUACAGGCAUUUAGCAGACGCUCUUAUCCAGAGCGACUUACACAACUUUUUACAUAGCACUUUACAUUGUAUCCAUUUAUACAGCUGGAUAUAUACUGAAGAUAUAUACAAGCGCAGUUCCUUACCCACUGUGCUACACUCCGUCCUUUUACAGAACUAAUUAGAUAGAUAACUGUUACAAAGUAUGGAUUUUCAUUGACUUGUGUUUCGGUAGGGCUGUAUGACAGGAGCGUUCUCCAUGUUGCACAGAGCUCUGGAUUGAGGUGGGGAGUUCCUGAACACAGUCUCUCUGCAGGGAUCCCCAGGUGCAUUCUGGGACGGGGGUUCUGGGAGAGGGGAUGCACGGUCUCACGGAUCGGUACCGCUGUGGGUGUACCGGGACGGGGUCUCGCCCCAAUCGCAGCAGAGCUCGCUGACAUCGGAGCGAGCAGGAAGCAGGAAGUGUGCUGCCUCUGUGCCGGCCCCCGGGUGUCCACGCCGCGCCGCGGGGGCGGAGCCAGUCACAGCAGGCUCAGGUGGGUGGAGUCCCAGCCUGGUGGUGUCACUGAGCUGGGCUCAUAAGGGCCAGGUGUCGCCCCUCCCCCGGCCGAGGCACACCCCUGACCCCCCCAUUGC